GUGUUGUUAACAUCUGGCAGUCCACACUCGAACGCCGGCCGCUGCUCGCGUUCCUAAUUUAAAAUUAAAAAAGUAAAACAGAUUAAUUUUCGAACGAGAGUGUAACGGGACGAUUUAAAAAUAAAACUGCACGUGAAAUAUUAGCAAUAGGCAAAGUGAGUCUUGUUACUAGUGUAGUGGUAUCAUAUUGGAUUGUUCGAUGUUGGUGCUAUAAAUACGAGUAGAGUAAAAAUGGAAACAAAAGAAGAAUUGAACAAGAAGAAUCAUGAAGACAGCGACACCCUCGAGUCAGUGCUUAGCUACAUCGGCGAGAUGGGCCGCUACCAGAAGUGGCUGUUCGUCGCCAUGCUGCCUUUCGGGUUCAUCUUCGCCUUCGUCUACUUCGUCCAGAUGUUCAUUGCUGCCACGCCGCAGAACCACUGGUGCCGCGUGCCAGAACUCGACCACCUGGACCAGGAAACGAGACGGAACCUUACAGCGCCACUUGGCAACGAUGAAUGGGAGUGGGAUCGCUGCGCCACAUACAAUGCAAACUGGAGUCACGUGUUGCAGACGAUGACUCGUCCUCACCCAGACACGCCCACUGUCGGCUGCCAGCACGGUUGGGACUUCCAGCUGGGAGACAUACCCUACCACACUGUUGUCAGUGAGCGCGGCUGGGUGUGCGAGUACUCAGGGUUCGCGCCGAUAGCUCAGGCCAUCUUCUUCGCUGGGUCUCUGGCCGGAGGAUUGCUGUUCGGGUGGCUCGCUGACCGCUUCGGACGAGUGCCCGCCUUGGUUGGAACCAACCUGGUCGGCUGCGCAGGCGGUGUGGCGAGCAUCUUUACCACUGGCUUCUGGGACUUCGCCUUCUGUCGUUUCUUGGUGGGCAUGUCUUAUGACAGUUGCUUCAUGAUGAUGUACAUUCUAGUUCUAGAAUACGUCGGUCCUCGUCACCGCACCUGGGUGGCCAACAUGUCUCUAGCAAUGUACUUCGGCAGUGGCUGCCUGCUCCUCCCGUGGCUGGCUGUCUGGAUCAACAACUGGAGACAUCUUCUGCUGGUCACCUCACUGCCUAUGCUCGUCGUUCUAGCAGCGCCGUUCCUCGUCCCAGAGAGCGCUAGAUGGUUGUCGUCGAGAGGCAAGAUAAACCAAGCAGUAGACGUGCUGAGAAGAUUUGAACGAGUGAACCGCACAAAGAUACCGCAAGAUGUUAUGGAUGAGUUCAUUGUAUCGUCCCGUCAAACUAGACAAACAGACGAGUCAAUCACGGCUCUCUUCAAAUCCGGCCCACUCCGCACCAUGAUGUCGUUCAUGGUGAUCGUGUACAUGGCGUGCGCCAUCAUCUUCGACGGGCUGGUGAGGAUGUCUGAGAACCUGGGCCUGGACUUCUUCAUCACCUUCACUCUCACCUCCGCUACUGAGAUACCCUCAGUCACUUUGCUAGCUCUUGUUCUUGAUAGAUGGGGCAGACGAAACCUUACAGUUGGGCCAAUGUGGGUAGCUGGUGUGCUAUCCAUAGUGGCAGCUUUCGUUCCUAAAGGCAUACCCCAAGUGACGCUGGCCAUAAUGGCGCGGUUCUGCAUCAACAUGUCGUACAACGCCACGAUCCAGUGGGCUACUGAGCUGCUGCCCACAGGAGUGAGGGCCUCGGGCUCCUCCGUGGUCCACGUCAGCGGAUACAUCGCCACACUCGUCUCGCCUUUUGUCGUCUACUCGGAACGCUACUGGCGAUCCCUGCCACUGCUCCUGCUGGGCGUCAUAGCGCUGAUCGCGGGCAGUAUAGGCGUGCUGUUACCUGAGACCAACGGCCGCCCCAUGCCGCAGACCAUCGCGGACGGCGAGCGGCUCGUCAGGCAGUACUCAUUAUGCGGAAAACCGGAGCCAGAUACGGACGUAGAAGAAUGGAAAAACGAAAACAAACAGAAAUCGCUGAUCACGUAGCGCUAAUUAGAUUGGAUACGGGCACUUCAGACGUCUACCGUCCGUGGGUAGAUCUACUUAAAUUGUUGAUCAAUUGUUCAUAAUAACAUGAAAAUAGUUUCUGUAAAAAACCCUACACUGUACAGACAUAAGGAAGUUUUGAAGUUGAACUUAGUUACAUAUCUAUCUCUUUCUUAUAGCUGUUUGACCAAGAGCGCUGUACCGCACCUGGGCUACAUACUUGUGGGGGGAGGAAAAGAGAAAGCACGAUUUCUAAUAAUGCUAUUGACCGAUAGUGUGUCACGGGUCAACCCGCCCCCUAAAGCCCCAAAUGGGCCACUUUACUUCGAAGUGACAUCUGAGGGGACAAAAAGGCCACAUCAAAGCAAUUCAUCUAAAAAAGCAAUAUUGCUAUUUGACAGUUGUUUGCAUUGCGCAAUAACUUUUAUAUGCGCAAAUGUCAAAUUGAAAUAUUCCUGGUGUCAGAAAUUCGAACACCAUCAUUCGUACGAAACCCAGUAACGUGCUACUGGUCUUAAAACUAGUAUUAAUAUUACGCAGCCAGCAAAAAAGUUACUAUAAGUAGUUGCCACUUCAAUAAUAACGACAUUCUGAGAUUAACAAUUAGUUAUAGAAGGUUAUAGAAGUAAAAAAGGGUUCUAACAAAUUGUGCGAGUGAGCUUUCAUUCACUAUUACUUAAUAUUUAAUUUCACCCCAGUGGGGAUGCGUGAUUACGAAUAAGGUUAUAAUAGUAUGAAUUGGUAUUUUAGGUAUAGACUUAUAAGUAUGCUCAUGAAAAAAAAAAUAGAUGAAUUAAGCGAAAAUUAUUGGUGAAUCAUAGAUAUAGUCGUGACAUGGUCGAUAGCCCUGUAGAGGCCGCGGCACUUCUUUCGUGGCGCGGACUCUACAGGGCUUCUUUGCAGGACAUAUCUAGCAAUAUUGGGGAUCCUGCCUUUUCGCCGAAAAUUGUUUGGCCGAUUAUCACUUGCCAACCAACGUUUUGACAAAAACGAUUGUAAUUUUUGUAUGACAAUGUUUCAUUUGGUAGAAUUGUUGUUAAGCUGAUUAUUGUAAUGAAAAAAAAAAACGUUUGGGGCAUUUAUCUUUUGUCAAAUUAUUCAUUAGGGCAGACAACUUUUAGACGAAUAACGUUUCGUUUGUGUAAUAGUUCCCUUUUCGUAUAUUUAUAAGUUCAGAUGAAAUCGAAAGGAAUCGGUUAGGUUAGGUUAGUAUGCUGAUAAACAAUGCACGAGCCGAGCGAGCGAACCAGAACCAAAUCUCUUUUAUUUCACUACACAGGGCAUUUAAAUAUGCUACAUCGGUUACAUUUUCAAAGUUCCUCAAAUAAUUAAAUAAUUCAAUAAAAAAAAAGAGCUGUCAUAUUCUAUUCGUGCAGUUUCCACAGUGCAAUUUUUUACUAUGGAACAUUUCUGUCUGAUGCGUAGAAUCUCUACUUGGUCUGUGAAUAUUACGCUAACUAAAACAUUCGCUACUUGAAAGUUGGCAUUUUGAAAAGUGUCAUUCUAAAAGGAAGACCAAACGUAAAGUUGGCAACAGUGAGGUUGGGAAAUAAAAACAAAAUUAUUAUUCAGCGGAAUAAAAGUCUGCGAAACGUAAGUUGGCAUGUGAUAAUCGGCUGAUCAAUUUUCGGCGAAAAGGCAGAGAACCCACAUAUUGAUAUAAUACCUAUGUAACAGGGUUUUCUAUUAGUUCCAGUUACUUUUAUCGCUUAUAUCGAAUAUACUUAUAAAUUGUUUAAUUAAAAUGUAGAUAGUAAUAUGUAGAACAACCUAAAUGGACUGUGAUAGUAUGGAAACGUCGACAAAUAAUUUUGCUAUUAAAUUAAUUAAGUUAAUAUUCAUUGGAAAGCCAUGCUUUAUAAGUCUUCCAUUUAGUUAAAAUGGAUUAUUAAAUAAUUAUAAUUAGCAUUUUAGCGGUAAUGAAACUGGUGACAAGAUGCCCGUAAUUAAUGGAAUGUUUUGUACAGUUGAAUUGACGAGUUCAAUUUAAUGGAAUUUCAAUUAUCUACGUAAAUCAAUUAUUAGAGAAUGUCAUAAAAUAAUUUUACACAUUUCAUUAUUUUAGUUGGACCCAGUUGUGAAUAUUUCAAAGUAUUUUAUGCACAAAAAAUCUUAUUUAUAUAUUAAAUUGUAAUAAUAACUUAUUUGUGAGAAAUGAAUGUAAUAUUUUAUACUAAGGUCCAAUAAGAAUGAGAAGUCUGAACUAUAAUAAUUAUUUUUUCAUAAUCAUAAAGAAUGAUGUACAAUAUUUUUAGUGGGUGAAUAAAUGAUUUACUUUUACGUUA